GUCUGGCGAAGGUGGAGGGGACACUUCCGGGUCAGGGAGCGUGAGGUACUCGGAGUUCAAUCCCACCAUCCGGACUAACUCCGAUCUCAGGUGUUUCCAGCUCUCCGUAGCCUUCCAGAAAUCGGACUGGCCUCGUUCCCAGUCCCUUAACUUCUGUUCUUGAAAGCCGACGUCCUGCUGCACAAUGCCCCACCUGGGGCCCCUGCGCCGCAGGGCCUGGGCUGCGCUGCUCGGCCAGCUCCUGCGACCUCCCCGCACUGUGUGCAUCCGGGCGGUCGGCUGUCAUAGCCAGGUUGCAAAGACAGUGUUAACAUCUGAACAACUGAAACCACAUCAAGAAAAACCGAAUUUUAUCAUCAAGGUUCCAAAGGGCACCAGGGAUUUAAGUCCUCAACAAAUGGUUGUGAGGGAGGAAAUUCUUGAUAAGAUUAUCAGCUGUUUUAAACGUCAUGGAGCAAAAGGGUUGGAUACACCAGCAUUUGAGCUAAAAGAAAUGCUCACUGAGAAAUAUGAAGACAACUUCGGCCUCAUGUAUGAUUUGAAGGAUCAAGGUGGAGAGUUGCUGUCUCUUCGCUAUGACCUUACUGUCCCUUUUGCUCGCUAUCUGGCCAUGAAUAAAGUGAAGAAGAUGAAACGAUAUCAAGUUGGAAAGGUGUGGAGGCGAGAGAGCCCAGCCAUAGUUCAGGGCCGCUACCGGGAGUUCUGCCAGUGUGAUUUUGACAUUGCUGGUGAGUUUGACCCAAUGAUCCCUGAUGCAGAGUGUUUGAGGAUCAUGUGUGAAAUCCUAAGUGGAUUGCAACUGGGGGACUUUAUCAUUAAGGUAAAUGACCGUCGGGUUGUAGAUGGGAUGUUUGCUGUCUGUGGUGUUCCUGAGAGCAAGUUCCGGACCAUCUGCUCCUCAAUGGACAAACUCGACAAGAUGUCUUGGGAAGAUGUGAGGCAUGAGAUGGUGGCAAAGAAAGGACUAGCUCCUGAGGUGGCCGAUCGAAUUGGGGACUACGUCCAAUGUCAUGGGGGGAUAUCCCUGGUAGAUGAAUUGUUCAAGGAUCCCAGACUAUCCCAAAGCCAGCUGGCCUUGCAGGGUCUAGAGGACCUGAAGCUGCUCUUUGAAUACCUGAGGUUAUUUGGAAUUGCUGAUAAGAUCUCCCUUGAUCUGAGUCUGGCCCGGGGCCUGGACUAUUAUACAGGAGUGAUUUAUGAAGCAGUACUGCUAGAGUCUCCAGCUCAGGCCGGAAAGGAGACUCUGAGUGUGGGUAGUGUGGCUGCUGGUGGACGCUAUGACAGGCUGGUAGCCCAGUUCAAUCCUAAGGGCCAUAACGUGCCUUGUGUGGGGUUGAGCAUUGGAGUAGAGAGAAUCUUCUACCUUGUGGAACAGAAACUGAAGAUUUCUGGUGAGAAGGUUCGAACCACAGAGACCCAAGUGUUUGUAGCCACACCCCAGAAGAACUUUCUUGGAGAACGUUUGAAGAUAAUUGCAGAGCUUUGGGAUGCAGGGAUCAAGGCAGAGAUGCUUUAUAAAAACAACCCUAAACUGUUAACCCAGCUGCACUAUUGUGAGAAAGCAGACAUUCCUCUGAUGGUCAUUAUUGGUGUGCAAGAACAGAAUGAAGGUGUCAUCAAGCUCCGUUCAGUGGCCAGCAGAGAAGAAGUGACCAUUAAUCGAGAAAGGCUUGUGGCUGAAAUUCAGAAGCGACUGUCUCUGUCUUGAUUAGUGCCUGAUUUCCAUCUGCUGCCCUUAGAAGAGACGUUUUCAUCUAGGACAGAGUUCUGGUGGACUUUACAACAGUCAGCCAGCAUGGAUGUUGUACAAGUGCCUUCUGCCUCUAUCUCUCCUGGAUAAGAACUACAGAAGGUCCUGAGGUCUCGUGGACUAGCAUUAGCAGCUGCUCUGCUAGAAUGCACAUGGCUGUCGUGCCAAAGAGGCAUCCUCUAGCUGCACAGGCAGAUCUGAAGUGCCUCUGAAUUCUGUCAAAGGGAUGUUAGGAGCAAGGCUCUGGAAGAGUUGCCUGAGGCUAAAACUCUGAACCAUUGACACGAGAAGUUAAAUAUGUACUUUACUUUCAACUGUAGCUUGGGAACCAGAUUCUGGAGAAUUUGUCUACAUCAGACUAUGGAUUAUCCAUGGAGUAUUAAAUGGAUAGUAAGAAUGGACAGAAAAAAGAGAUGAUGUCCCAAGGACCCAGCAGUGCAUCUGUUGAUUCUUCCAGUUAACAGUAGAAGGGUGGGACUAUUUCAUAAUUUUGAACAUUAAUCUUAAUGGAUAAGUUAGUCAUCUUCUCUUGAGGUUUUGAACACCAUUCCAUUUGUUAUAGCAAUUUUUCUGGAUUAUUCCAUAUCCUGCUCUGGAGAUUGUUUUAGAAGUGGUUAUAUGAUACAUUACAUUUAAAAAAUGUACUAGUGGGCUGGUGAGAUGGCUUACUGAUUAAGGGUGCAUAUUGCUUUUGCAGAGGACCUGAGUUCAGUUCCUAGCAACCACAUCAGGGUGAUUACAACUGCCCGAAACUCCAGUAACAGGUAUCUGAGGCCCUCUUCUGGCCUCCGCAAACACCUGUACUUAAUGUGCACAUACUCAUGCACAGACACAUACACAUAGGAAUAAAAUAAUUUUAAAAAGUAAGCAUACUUUGAGUAAUUUGUUAUCAAAGGAUUAAUAUAUGUAGACCUUAGGAAAUGUUAACGUUUGAGUGUAUACUGGAGAAUUGUGUGAAUUACAAGUAACCUUCCCUGGGGCCCACGUGGUAGAAGAAAACAGAUUUUCUUGUUUGUCCUCUGGCCUCUACCUACUUACCACGACUUGUGAAGUACACAUUGCAGGCUUAUAUACAAGAUAAAAUGUAAAACACAGAACAGCCCACCAAAACACCCAUAUAAAGUGCGGCUAAGGACUUGUCUUUCUUGAUAGAGUGUCUGCCUAGCACUUGGGAAGUGAAAGCAGGAGGAUCAGAAGUUCAAAGUCAGCUUUGGCACUAGGCAAGGUGGCACAGGACUUUAAUCCUAGCACAAGGGAAUUAGAGACAGGCCAAUUAUCUGUGAGUUAUAGGUUAGCCAUGGCUACAUACUGAAACCCUGUAUAAAAAAUCAUUCAGCCUUGGGUUUACAUGAGAUGCUCUCUCAAUAAAACAAAAGAAAAAAC